AUGGCUGUUCCGUUUCCUGAUAUUGAUCCUUAUGAAGAGCUUGGAGUGUCCGCCAAAGAUUCUCCACCUACAGUGAGAAAGGCGUACUUUAAGUUGUGUCUUAAAUACCAUCCUGACAAGCUUGGAAAGGUUACAGAAAAGAGUAAGGGCGAGUAUAAGACGCGAUUCGAGCGGAUUCAAUUCAGUUAUGCGAUUCUUGGCAACAUCAAGCGUAGAAAGAGAUACGAUGAUACGGGUAGUUUAGACGACGAUGACUUUUUGGCCGAGGAUUUUAACUGGAAAGAUCUAUUUCACCGAUAUAAUAGUAUUGAGGUGACGGAAGAAAUGAUUGAAGAGGAUCGAAACAAGUAUCAAGACUCGAAAGAGGAGUAUGAAGAUAUAAAAGAGUCGAUGACAUAUUACCAAGGAGAUUUUUUGAAGUUGUUUGAAGUGAUACCUCAUUUGGAGUUUACGCAACAAGAGGAGGAACGGAUGUUUGACAUGGUGAAGAGAAUGUUGAAGAAGAAAGAGAUUGAAAGGUACCAAAAUUGGGGAAACUACAUCGAGAACCGUACUAAAGAGGUGAAGAGAAUGCUUAGAAAUGUUAAUAAGGAGUCUCUCGAGGCAGACAAAAUGCUACAAGAAAUCCAGAAGAAGGCCAAGCAGAAAGCCAAGUUGAAAGAAGACUCUGCAAACAUCUCGUUGCAAGCCCUUAUUGAGGCUAAGCAUUCAAAGAAUAAUGAUCCGUUUGAAGCAUUAUUGGCCAAGUAUUCCGGUGCCAAUAAAGGCAAAGGUAAGAAGAGGAAGAAGACGAAAGAUGAGUACGAGAUUGAUGAUGACGAGUUUGAAAGAAUACAACAAGAGAUGAUUGGCAAGAAGAAGAAAGUAUAG